AUGAAAUCUUCUACACUACUCAUCACCUUUAUCCUCUCGACGUUUGCAAGCAUUCAUAAUGUUCAAGCUGAAGAACAGGACGAGCACCCAAUUCUUCUACUCAACGAAGACUCUACGUUCCACUUUGAGAUUCUCGGUGGCCUCGGACAAGCCUUGACUGGCGGUGGCGACAUUUCCCCAAUCCUCGGAGCUGCGAAGAAUGUCACGCCUGGUGACUUCGAUAAAUUCACCGACAUUUUCUACCGUCUUGCAAAUAAAACCAAGGCUGCAGCUCUGGACCCGGCCAAUGCCUACGACCCUAUCAAUGUGCGCGACACAUGGUUCUCUGCAGCAAGUUACUUUCGCCGUGCAGAUUCGUUCACCCACGGUAAUUGGGAUGAUCCACUGAUCAACCAACUCUGGGAGGAGAUGCUUUCAGCUUUCGACAAGGGCAUCAGCUCGUUGCCAAUUCCCGGGCAACGUGUCAGAAUACCGGCCGACAACUUUACUGUUGAGGCUAUCUGGUAUUCGGCAUACACGGGAGGCAAACAUAAAAAGCACCCUACUCUGAUUCUCGGAGGUGGAUAUGACGGUGCGCAGGAGGACAUGUAUCACACCAUCGUGACAAAUGCGUUGGCUCGUGGAUGGAAUGCCCUGACCUACGAAGGACCCGGCCAGCCUACUGUUCGUCGAAACCAGAACUUGGGCUUCAUCCCCCACUGGGAGCGCGUCCUGACGCCUACUGUCGACUGGCUGCUGGCAAACAAACGUGCUGAAGUUGAUACAAAAAGGCUUGCGCUCUACGGCCAUUCAAUGGGCGGAUAUCUCGCGGCGCGGGCUGGAGCUUUCGAGCCCAGGGUGAAGGCCAUCCUACUCAACGGCGGCAUCUUUGAUGUUCAUGAGUCUUACCUUGACCAAAGUCCACCUGUGCUCACUGAUCUCUAUAAGUCGGGUCAAAAGGGUGCGUUUGAUGAAACCGCAUUGUCAUUGCUCUCCAAUCCAAACGUUUCGAGCCAAAUUCGCUGGGGCAUUGAGCAUGGCAUGUGGGCAUUCAGAACCAAAUCACCGUAUGACUUCUUCCACCAAACUGAACAGUACACCCUCAAGAAUGUUACCACUCGCAUUAAGGUGCCAGUUUGGAUUGCCGAUGCAGAGCUUGAAGGGUUCUUCAGGGGCCAGCCUCAGAAGGUCAAGGAGGCAUUGGGCGAAAGGGCAACUCUGCACCCCUUUACUGGUACCGCAGGAUAUCAUUGCCAAGCAGGUGCUCUCCAGGAGCUGAACCGAGCUAUCUUCGCGUGGUUGCACAAGACGCUUGGGUGA